GGUGGCGGCGGUGGGCGAGCCGAGCCGGUGGUGGCGGGUGCGGUGGUAUGCAGGGCAGAGUGAUGGAAAGAGCGAGGGGGUGACCGAGGUGGUGGUGAGUCUGGAGGCGCUACAAGCAAGCUCGGGGCUGUCGGCGAGCUCUUUACCAAGGCUGGUCGCGAGAAGCGGGCGGCGGCGCGGGCGGCGCGGCUGGCCGACAUCCGGGCUGAGCUUGGCACGGGAUACUUUGACGAGCUCGGCGAGGUCAACUCGGUGGUGCGGGAGGCCGGCGCCGGUGCCUUUCAUCCGGGCGCUGCUGGAGAGAGCGAAGAAGCGUUUCCGGCGGCGGCAGCAGUGAGCAGCAUCGAGGAUGCCGACGAGUUUCCGCGGGUCGAGGCGACGUCGCUCAGCUCACGGGACGUGGUGCUCGCGUCGGACAUGUUUGUGGAGCCGUCGGUGGUGCUUGUGGCGUUCCGCGACUCGGCGAUGGAGCACACCCGUGACUGGGGCGCAGCGCUCGCGGCGCACGGCGGGCUGAGCGCGCUGCCGCGGACACAUCUGCUGUUUGUUGAGACGCGGGUACUCAAGCUGUUCAAAUCGCUCUUUGUCUCGUCGCUGCGGCAGGCGACGCCGGCGUCGCAGGUUGAUGCGACGCUCCUCUCAUUCGACGCGGACGAGACGGUGCGCGCAGCGCUUGGAGUGGACAACCGGCUGUUCGGCUACGCACUCCUUGUCGACGCAGAGGGACGGAUCCGGUGGCGCGGCAAGGGCCCUGCGACGGCCGGCAACGUGCAACGAUUGGCGAGCGCGGUGAGCGGACUGUAAAGUGAAGAAGAGGAA